CAUAUGGGCGUUGCCUCGCUCGCGUUCGCGCUGCAACUGCAAAGGAGGCAAGCGUGGAUCGUCCGGGAGAGAACACUGCUGCUGCUGCUGCUGCUCGGAGCGCUCAUCGGAAGAAUUCGUCUCCUCCGGGCCAUGGCGACCCAGAGGCGGCAGGCGGCGGCGUGUGGCGGCCCCCGUUGCGCGCCGAGGAGGAGCACGCCGCCAUCGUCGCGGCGCUCGCGCACGUCGUCGGCUCGGGGAGGCGGUCACCGGCAGCCGCGCACGCCGUCAGCUCGGCGACGCAGCCGGCGGCCGUGCUCGGGCAGCAAGUGAUGACGCACCAAACCGCCGGUCCUCCUCCCAUGGCGGCGGCGGCGGCGGCGGCAGAGCAGCAGCGGCCGCGGUACCGCGGCGUGCGGCAGCGGCCGUGGGGCAAGUGGGCGGCGGAGAUCCGCGACCCCGUGAAGGCGGCCCGCGUGUGGCUCGGCACGUUCGACACCGCCGAGGACGCCGCGCGCGCCUACGACGACGCCGCGCGCCGCUUCAGGGGCGCCAAGGCCAAGCUCAACUUCCCCGCCGUCGCCCGCCGCGCCCCGCACCACCAUGCGGAUGCCGCCCUCCAUCUCCAGCAGCCGUCUGCUGCGGCUUCGACGUCCACGCCGCGGCGGGGCACGCGCCCCGCUCACCCGCAGAGCGCCACGCCGGUGUCCACCGCGGGCACAGCUGCUGCUCGUGGCCAGGAGGAGGAGUUCCCCGACCUCAGCCGGUACGCGCACAUACUGCAGAGCGGCGACCUCGACCUGCAGGCCAUCGCCGGCGGGCUAACGCCGGCACAGUCCUCAACGACGUCCACGUCAUCGUCAAUGGCGCGUGACAAAGGGCCCCCGGGACGGCAGCCGUGGAGAGAACCUGGCUAAGCAGCUAGAGUGACAAGCCCAUCUUGCUAGCGUCAUCUCCUUGUAAUAAUCUUGUCCAAUGGCAUACAGAUAGGCAUUAGCAAAAGUCC